AUCCACAGGGCACUCUUUGAUGCAUUGGAUAUUCCAUUAGUAGGUGGAUCAGUGGAAUCACGAUAUCUUUCCAUGGACAAACUAAUUACGCGCGGUGUUUUGGUCUCUUACGGCGAUGUUUCAUGCCCUGAUGGAUUUAUUUACCACAAAGGUGCAAGCGACACUCUUGUAAGGGAAAACGAAAUUUGUAGACCCCCUUUUUGAGCUCCUUCUCAAGCUUCUGUGCUCUGCUAUUUCUUUCAAGUGAAAAAUAAAGUAUGUGGUUAGCGAAAAACAGUUCACAAUACUGAGUAGUUUAAGGUGUUGAAAACAGACUUAUAGAAAAGAGAACAGUUUCAAAUUGGACCCGACUCGUAACUUACCAAAUCUUUCCUCUCUUGAUAGCACCACUCCAAAUUAAAAAAGUAAUUGCAUCAAUUUGUAUCAAUUUUACACCGUUUUCCCAUGAAACUACGAGGCUUUGUUGACGCUAGUAACUCACCAUCGACUAAUAAAAAAAUUAUUUGUAAUUUAAAUCGGAUUGACUUAGAGAUUUCUUUUGUCACAGGUGACCCUCUAGAGUCUGAACACAUUACGUAUCCAUGUGUUGUUAAAGCGAGUAAAGGAGAAGACACCAAAGCGGUACGAUUAGUGAAAGACUCCAAGGUGCUCAACGCAGCUAUUGAGCAUGCGUUAUCGUAUUCAGAUCAUGUUAUCAUUGAAAGGUAGGCAUUACUGUCAAGUAAGUGUAGAAGUCGAGGAGGCGUGUACAAGUGAACAUGGUUUGGCUGUCAGUUUUAACCGUGAUGAUAUUGAUUAUGCCGAUAAGCCACCUCGUUGUCAAGCUUACGUGUGAAGGAAACUGGAAGCCGGAUCCCAACUCGGAUGAAUCUGAUCUGCCGAUGAAAGCAUUUGUUUAAAUACAUGGAAUCAUUAAAAAAAACUUGUGUAGACUGGACUGUAGGUGACUCAAAAUAUGAGGAAACCUGUUUAUUCACAUACGUCUUCCUCAAGGCAAAUUUGUGCAUCUCUAGAAAGAGCCUAGAAGUCUAACUUUGGUAGCUCUUACAUCAGAUGGUUCUUAAUGAGGUUUGAGACAUGUAUGAAUUAAAAGAAAGCAAUUUUUAAUUGCCUGUCGAAAGUAUGUUUCGUGAUUGGUAAAAAUACUCGUAUCACCUCCUCGACCAAUCCAAUGGUAAAGCGAAGACCAAUCCCGACGUGGUCGUUCGCGUUUUCCCAUGAAAAUGGCUGAAUUGUAUAAAAGAAACGAAGGGUCACUCUAAAGUUCUGGCGGGAUACCAAGACAACAAGAUAACAGGAGGCUGCAAAACCUAUUAGUGCACUAAGCAGGCCUUAGAACGUUUAAACAAGCUAUUUCAGGAAUGCAGACUCGUUGGGCUUUCCUAACGUACUAGAUUACUUUAUCAUAAUAAUUCGACCCCUCCUUUGUAUUCAUUGGAGUGGGGCCACACACCUUGCUUAGAGACUAUGUGUAAUUUUGCAGCCUUCGAACGUUUUUCAAUUAAAAAAGUUAAUCAUAUUCAACGAUUUACUACUUCGUUUCUUCUCAUUUUUUUUCGGCAGUUAUAUAGAGGGACGGGAAAUUCGCUGCGCUGUUGUUGAAUCAGCAGCAACUGGAGAAUUAAAAGCUUUGUCGUGCAUCGAGUAUAAAGUACGAGAAAAUGACAUUCGAAGAACUGAAGACAAGCUCAGCUGCAAUGAAAAAGGAUUACCUGUUGGUAAGUACUGGAGAUAUGUGUCCUUAAUUCCAUCAACAGCACCGGUAUUAACACAUGUGCUACGAAGCCACAUUUUCAGGGCACAUUUUCAAGUUAAUUGGAUUCCUAGCUCAGAGAUAUUUUUUGAUCCCAAAUAGAGGUUUUGCAUGCGUCACGUGAUCCCACAGCAACCGUACCUAUGCCGCCGUCAUACAUACCAGGUAAUAACGACAUGGCGGCUGUUGAAGGUGAUCGCGUGCAAUCUUUGCGAGGUUAUUGCGAUUUACUCAGCGCCGAGAAUAAUAAUAACAAAACAAACUGCGAGAGGUUUAAAUGUUAUGCAGGAAUAGAUCCCUACUCUGUAAGUGCCAACUUUUUCCCUUGAUCAAUGGAUAAAUGGUCAGAGGUCGAGUUUCCUGAUAUGGUAAACUACUUUCACUUUUCAACAAGUAAGUUGGUAAAGAACACUUCAAAGCCUACAAAUGUCUUCAGUCCUACCAAAACUUCGUUGCUAAUGGUGUGAGAAGUAUCUUUGUGGGAAAAGUGACCCCAAAUUGUAAAUGUCUUGCAAGAUGAUGGCAGCAAAAAAUGUAAUCUACAAAAUUCGGCUUCGUCUCGACUCAAACUAAGGCUUUCAAAGAGCUGCAUUUCCAGAAACUUGUUAUUCCUUUUAAGUUUUCCAACUACUCUUUGUCUUGCAUAGAAAGAUAUGUUUGAAUUUCAGUAGAUACGGUCGUCAUAUUACUUUUUAAACAGAUGAGCCUCGAUACGUCAACAUUCAUGUUUUUCCUCUCCCCUUUUCCUUAAUUCCUACGCUCUGACUUUCCGUUUGUUGGAAAAGUUCUCGCACAACUUUUCGUUUCUUGUUCUGCCUUUCUUCUGCUUGCUUUUUUCGUUCAAGUGAGGACUGCGAACUUGGCUUUAGGACAGAACUUGGGUGAAUAUUUUAGAGGCAGGCUACAUAUUUAUCUCUCUUUUAGAUUGAGCAAUCCUCUGAGACUUCUCGAUUACUAUUGUCUCGCGUUUAAAUUGCUGCUUAUCAUUGAAAACGCAGCCAAUAGUCAUCAAGUUUCUUCGAUAACACUCAUGAUACUUUUUCAGGGGAAAAGUUUUCAACCAGACUGCAUUAACAAUUUUCUUGUUUCUAUGUUUGUUUUUAUUCUAGGCGAAUCUCCAGAAACUAAAACUUGGUUCCUUGAUCCCAGAAAAGAGGAGAAGCUGAUACAUCGUAUUCAACAACAAAGUUGCCGAGCUUUUCGAGAGUUAGGUUUACACGAUUUUGGUUUAUUCGACUUCCGAGUAGACGUUGAAGGAAAUCCAUUCUUCCUAGAAUGCAAUUUAUGCUGUUCUUUUGGUCCACGGAGCGUUGUCAAUAUAGUCGCCAAGGAUUCAGGUUUUACAGAUGAAAGUUUGUUUGACGUGAUGGUGGAGAACACUUUGCUGCGCAAGUGUAAACAAGAGAAUAACAAUGUUAAUCUGUGA